UGCUGAUCAGUUCCUCCUCCUCUCCCUAAAGGGCUGCAGGGAGCCUGCACAAGGAUGAGCACCCAGAGGAGGUGGAGGUGCUGGUGUCCAUGCACCAGUGCGGGAGGCAAAGCUGCUCCCUGCUGGGGUUUUGGAGAAAGCCCAGAGCUGCUGGGCUGGUGGGGCAGCUGCUGGCAGCGGGGGAUGAGGAUGGGGAGCACUGGGAGCGAGGGGUGUCCGUGCUCAUCUGCUGUGGGCUGCUUCCAGUGCUUCCCGGCACGGGCUCUGCUGGUAGAUGCGCUCCCAGAACUUAUAAAGCACGGCCGCGAAAGGAUAGGACAAACCAUCAAGGCAUCCGGCUCCAGGCUCUGCUCGUAUGCUGAACGAGUUGCUUUUUUAAUGGAUCGUUCCCGGAGCCCAGACACCAGCGCUCAGCCUCCAACGCCAACUGACAACAUCAACCUCGGACCUUCUGCUAACCCAAAUGCCAAGCCAACAGACUUUGACUUCCUGAAGGUUAUUGGCAAAGGAAGCUUUGGAAAGGUUCUCCUGGCCAAACGCAAGUGUGAUGGGACUUUUUAUGCUGUGAAAGUCUUGCAUAAGAAAACCAUCCUGAAGAAAAAGGAGCAAAACCACAUCAUGGCAGAACGCAAUGUGCUCCUGAAAAAUGUCAAGCACCCCUUCCUUGUGGGACUCCAUUACUCCUUCCAGACCUCGGAGAAGCUUUACUUUGUCCUUGACUAUGUAAAUGGGGGGGAGCUCUUCUUCCACUUGCAAAGAGAGCGCUGCUUCCGUGAACCCCGGGCACGAUUCUAUGCCGCAGAAGUUGCCAGUGCAAUUGGGUACCUGCAUUCCUUAAACAUCAUCUACAGGGAUUUAAAACCUGAGAACAUCCUUCUGGAUUGCCAGGGCCAUAUAGUAUUGACAGACUUUGGACUCUGCAAAGAAGGAAUGGAGCAAGAGGAGACUACUUCCACAUUUUGUGGCACUCCUGAGUACUUAGCUCCCGAGGUGCUAAAGAAGCAGCCGUAUGACAGGACAGUAGACUGGUGGUGCCUGGGAGCUGUCCUCUAUGAGAUGCUCUUUGGACUGCCACCUUUUUAUAGUCGGGAUGUGUCUCAGAUGUAUGACAACAUUCUGCACAAGCCACUCCAGAUCCAAGGAAGCAAGACUGUGGCAGCUUGUGACAUCCUCCAGGGACUUCUCCAUAAGGACCAGAAGAGGAGGCUGGGUGCCAAAACAGACUUUCUUGAGAUAAAGAACCAUGUAUUCUUCAGCCCAAUAAACUGGGAUGACUUGUACAACAAGAGGAUUACCCCUCCAUUCAACCCUAAUGUGGCUGGUCCAGCUGAUCUGCGACACUUUGAUCCAGAGUUCACCCAAGAAGCGAUCUCUGCCUCCAUCACCCACACGCCUGACUUAGCAGCCAGCAGCUCCAGUGCCUCAGAUGCUUUUUUAGGAUUUUCUUAUGCACCAACUGAAGAGGACUUCUAAGUUUUAUAGAGGCUUUGAGAAGCCAGAUUUUAACUGAAUGGGUUUUAUUUGUAUUUUUUUUCCUUUUUGAAAGGAAUGGCACUGUCCUUUGCUCAUGGUUUAUGGGAAGGGGGACUAAUACACUAACUGGCUGGGAUGGAACAGAGCUCUUAAUUUGUGCUGAUUGGAUUUCCCUCUAUAUGUGUGUUUCCCUGGCAGGGAAAGUGGGAUACCAGUUAUUAUUAUUUUCCCCUGAGUGUCUUGUACUACUUGGCAGAAUUGUAUUCACUGUGGUUGUAUUUAUGGUUGAGGUAUGUAUCGUCAUUCACAUCACAGCCGUAUCUGUGUGUGGAACUAAUGCUGCCCAGCUACAUAUGACUGCUUUGCUUUCCUAUAACAAAGGGAAACUCUUCACCCUACGUGCAGCAGUGGCUUCCUUCAAGUGGAAGUGCUUAUUUAAGUGGUUGGGGAACAAGUAGUCUGGUUGCUAGCGGCCAGGUUGGAGUUAAACUGGGGUAGUUCAGUAGGUCUGCCACCCAAGCUGUUAAAAAUCUGGUAGCAGCAAAGGUGUGUGUUAAAUUUUAAUCCUCUAGAGCAGAAAUGCAGGAUUCAGAGAUGCUGAAGAAGAUGCAGAGCUGCCCCAGCAGCUGGGAUGAGCACUGCUACUUGUGGAAGGAAGCCAUUUCCUCAUCCUGGGCUCAGACACUGUUCAUCUUUUACUGCUCCAAAGGUGGCUUAUGCGUUUGUAAAUUCUGAAGUGGGCUGUAGCC